AUGAAAGGCCUGUAUAUUGCCACACGAUACCUCCCCUUUAUCAUGCUCGCCACGGAUCUAUAUAGGAGUUUUACCCUGAAUGAGAACACAAGUUAUCGGUUCAUAUUAGCUCAGGUCUUUGCACAGUAUUAUCCAUUUUCUCCGGAUGUAUCUCCCGUUUCCCCAUAUUAUAUGCGUGGUUCUGAUUCUAUUCAUCCAGGUUUUUUCAUCCUCAGAACAUAUGUGCUCUGGAACAAAAAUAGAAUCUUGUUCGCAGCCAUGCUGUCCACUUUUUUCACUUUUCUCGGAGCAUCCUUCGGCAUUGUCUUCGCCACUGCCGUCCCCGUAGCAUAUCCGACUAGCGCGAUCCCGGGCAUCACAGGGUGCUAUGAGACUAGUUUCUGGUACUUUAUGCCAUUUCUUCUCUUUUCCGUGUUCCAAUUGGGACUGAUGAUACUUACGCUCAUACGCGCCAUACAGAGCUGGCAGAGAUCCCCAAGCCCUCUGUACGUUGUCCUGGUGAAGCAUAACAUAUUCUAUUAUGCAUGCGGUCUUCUGUUUUCGGUAACGAAUAUCUUCAUGUCGCUGCUCCUCCAGGCCUCUUACCGCACCAUGUUGUAUGAUUUCGAGUUCACGAUCCUUGCAAUCCUCACCACGCGCAUGCACCUCCAUCUCUGGCGGAUAAACCAACAUGCACACGGCUCUGGCGCCUCCGUAGGUAUCCCAAUGUCCGAUAUGUCAACUGUAAUUUCCAUCGCAUGA